AUGUUGACUUAUCAAUUGAUGUUGAUAGUAACGCUUGGCACAAUUUAUCUUGAUUAUGUUUAUUCGAAUCAGAUUGUGGGUGGAUGGAACACAAAUUAUCAUGGUGAACUAGAGACUGAAAUGGUAGAUUUAGCACGUCAACAAUUACAAUCUAACACAACUUUAGCGAAUAAAACUAUUCGAGUACUUGAUAGCCAAAUACAAAUAGUUGCUGGUACGAAUUUACAUUUAAUAUUUAUUGUUGGCGAAGAACAAGAGUGUACUUUAACAGCUUUCAAGCCAUUACCACAUACUAAAAAAUCUACUGAAGUAACUUUAUUUAAAUGUAAUAAUAUAACAUCUAUCAAUCAUGUUACUGCAAAUAAGAAUUAA